CCGCUGUCAAUCAGAAAUCCUAACUCGCUCCAUGUUCGACUGAAGUGUGUGAAAGUACUGGAGAAGGACUCGCGUGCGUUCAGUUAUUUCAGCGCGUUAAUGGACUAACCGAGACAUAAACGAGACGAGCGGGGGAAAGCCGUGCAUAUAGCAUGAUAAGCUGGAUCUCCUGCAGCAGAUGAGGGAAGAUGUUGGCCAUGGAUCAAGGCGUAGUGGAGGAGUGGCUGUCUGAGUUUAAGACUCUUCCAGAGACGGCCGUCUCCAGCUACGCAGCCUCUCUGAAGGACAAGGGCUCUCUGGUUCCUGCGCUUUAUAAAGUCAUACGAGAGAAUUACAGCGACCUGCUGGAGCCGGUGUGUCAUCAGUUGUUUGAGUUUUACCGCAGCGGCGAGCCGCGUUUACAGCGCUUCACUCUGCAGUUUCUGCCGGAGCUGGUGUGGAGUUACCUGUCGGUGACGGCGGCACGAGAUCCUCACUGCAGCGGCUGCAUCGAGGCGCUUCUGCUGGGCAUCUACAACCUGGAAAUCGUUGAUAAAGACGGGCAGAGUAAAGUGUUGUCCUUCACCAUCCCCUCCUUAUCCAAGCCGUCGGUUUAUCACGAGCCGUCUUCCAUUGGCUCUCUGGCCUUGACGGAAGGAGCCUUAGCCAAUCACGGUCUGAGUCGUGUGGUGUACAGCGGCCCCCACCUGCAGCGAGAGACCUUCACCGCGCAGAACAGGUUUGAGGUGCUGACGUUCCUGCUGCUGUGUUAUAAUGCGUCUCUGAGCUACAUGAGCAGCUCGUCUCUGCAGUCUCUGUGUCAGCUCAGCUCCAGAGUCAGUAUCUGUGGAUAUCCGCGGCAGCAGGUGCGCCGCUAUAAAGGCAUCAGCUCCAGGCUCAUGGUCACGUCAGAGUUCCUCGUGCAGCUCAUCACCGGCAUUCACUUCGCACUGUGAUCUGGCUCGAGGGCUCUGGAUGACGUGUUGUACCGAGCGCAGCUGGAGCUCUUCCCAUACCCAGAGGCGCUGCUGGUGGGGAACGCCAUCAAGUCGUCUCUCCACGGCGCGUCUCUGAAGGCCAACAAAGAGGGAACCCGCUCCAUCCAGGUGGAGAUCACCCCCACGGCCCCCCGCAUCUCCCGCAACGCCGUCACCAGCCUGUCCAUCCGCGGACACCGCUGGAAACGCCACGAGUCUCAGGAGGACAGUGUAGACUCCCCUGACUCCUGCGUGACGGGGCCCAUCCCUGAGAUUAGCGUAACAGGGGCCAGCGGCGAGCGGCUGCUCAACGGAGAGGCUCUGCGCAGCAAGACGGAGGGGGAGGCGCUAGGGGGCGCCACAGAGGUGGGGGUCGACCCUAGAGGUCAAGAGGUCAGGAGGCAGAAGUCUGUGCGGAGGCACCUAGAGGACGGGACGCCCUCCGCGGGGCGGGUUCAGUUCUAGAGCCCCACCCACCCCUCCCCGCUCCUCUCCCUCGGGCCCAGAGGUACUUGUGUGGGCGGAGCUUCUUGAUUAGCCUCUUAAUUAUUCAUGAGAUGCAAACGCUUCCGAGUAUCAGCCGUCUUCAAUGUGAAGCUUUUUCCUGCAGAAAUAUCUCUGGUUCAGAAGUAAAGCUCUACGGACAGUGUUCAUGACCACAGUAAAUCAAACUAAAAAAGAUGUGCUAUAAGGCCAUUAUUUAUUUAUUUUUUUUCCACUAAGAUACACAUACAUUAUGAAAACAAAAACUUUUAUUUUGGAUGCGAUUAAGCGUGAUUAAUUAUUUGACCGCACUAAUUUAUUUUAAUAAAUUAAAUUGAAAUAUUAUAUAUUAUAUUUUUUUACGCGUACAUACUAUCUGAACACAGCUAACCAUUUGACAGCA